UUUUUAAUUGUUGAAGCUAAUUGCUUGUAGCAGCAAUAAGCACCUAUAUCUUCGUGUAGGGUUUCUUCUGCUUCUUAGAAAGCUAAAACGCUGUCGUUUUUUCCUUCUUCUUCCCCAAAUUCGCCGAUAUGAAGCUCACCGUUAAAACUCUCAAAGGCAGUCAUUUUGAAAUUAGAGUUCAGCCCACUGAUACUGUUAUGGCAGUUAAAAAGAAUAUAGAAGAUGUGCAAGGAAAGGAUAAUUAUCCAUGUGGGCAACAGUUGUUAAUUCAUAACGGGAAAGUGUUGAAAGAUGAGACUACAUUGGCUAGUAAUGACGUCUCUGAAGAUGGUUUUCUAGUUGUUAUGCUUAGUAAGAGUAAAUCUUCAGGUUCAUCUGGGACCUCAUCAACCCAGCCUGUUGCAUCAACUCCACCUACAACUGCGCCAACUUCAAAUUCAACUCCAGCAGUUGAAGUUCAAGCACCGACCCCAAAGAAUGCGACGUCUGCUUCGGACACAACAACAGCCACUGCACAAAGUGAGACCUAUGGUCAAGCUGCGUCAAAUUUAGUUGCUGGUAAUAACCUGGAACAGACUAUUCAACAGUUAAUGGAUAUGGGGGGUGGAACAUGGGAUAAGGAAACUGUUACCCGCGCACUUCGAGCUGCCUACAACAAUCCAGAAAGGGCAGUAGACUACCUGUACUCCGGUAUUCCAGAAACAGCAGAAGUUGCUGUUCCGGUGGCUCCUUUCUCUGCAGGUGAGGCAGCUGAUACCGGUGCUGCUCCUGCUGCACCUGUAUCUGGAGGACCAAAUUCAUCUCCUUUGGAUAUGUUUCCACAGGGGACAAUUUCUGCUGGUGCUGAUGCCGGCGGUGGACUUGGCACCCUUGAUUUCCUUAGAAAUAACACACAGUUCCAAACCUUGAGAUCAAUGGUUCAGGCAAAUCCUCAAAUAUUACAGCCCAUGCUUCAGGAGCUUGGAAAGCAAAAUCCUCAGCUGUUAAGAAUGAUUCAAGAACAUCAGGCAGAAUUUCUUCAGUUAUUAAAUGAACCUCUAGAAGGUUCAGAAGGGGAUCUAUUUGAUCAGGGUGACCAAGAUAUGCCCCAUGCUAUAAAUGUGACCCCCGCUGAACAGGAGGCUAUUGAACGGCUGGAGGCAAUGGGAUUUGAUAGAGCCCUAGUUAUUGAGGCAUUUUUGGCUUGCGAUCGCAAUGAGGAAUUGGCGGCUAAUUAUCUAUUGGAAAAUGCUGGAGAUUUUGAGGAUUGAAAUACUGAGUUUGAGACAUAGUUUUUUAUUUGAAUUAUUAUUUUUUAGAUGGAUCUGCCUCUUGGUUAGUGUUUGGAGUACAUUGCAAUUAUUGUAAACCCUUAUCACGAAUCAUUUGAAAAUUAAUUUUCAUUUUGUGUUA